CGAGUCAUCCUCCCCAUAUCUGUGGAAGAAGUAAGUACUGACUGAGUGUCAUUUCUUUGUCUUAAACUCUUGCUUCAUGUCACAAAUCAAGCUGGUUAAGCUACAUUCUCGUUUUCUGAUGCAACCGUCAAAUUGAGCUCAACCAUUACCUAGCCCCAUGAAUGUGCCCAUUACACCAGCGGAACAUUCAUGGGGCUAACCCAUUACCUAGCAUGCCUAUGCUCUUGAGGAAUCAGGGCAGUCUAUAUGUCAAUCAGUUUGUCUGCAUUAUGUUCCUCUAAUCUUGAAGUUCCUGUUUGUACACACACCUUUUAAUGAUAGUGUGUGUGUGUGUGCGCGUGCGCGCAGGCAGUUGGCAUGGUUUCCAUUACGUUCACAUUGGCAGCAUAUUGGUUGCAGUGGUUGUUAGCCAGCCACACACAGCCACGUUCAUUAAAACAGAGCACCUUAUUCCGACUGAAGCUUUGCAGUUGAAGUCAUUAGUUGUGGGUCAUUCCAUGUCAUUUCAGCAAGCCAUGACACCCACCAUCUCAGAUUGUUCUGAAAUCGUUUCUGUAAUUAGAAACAGAUAAGAUUAACAUUCCUGCAACAUUAUUUUGUUGAAAUAUAAUUUGAUCUCUGAGAAAUUAAGCUAAUUGAUUGCACCCAAAUUGGCCAAUGUAAUUAUAGGAUUCAUAUAAUCUUCAAUAAAUAUAGUACCUGACAUCCGAUUUGGACCAAACUUUUUUCUAACAAUGUGUAAGACAGGAGGAAUCCAAAUAAAUGGUCAACAGCCACCCACGACCCCCCACACCCCACGCCAAUCCCAACCCAGUAUCAGUUCUCAAUGUCUGUAGUAGUAUGGAGCUGCGGCUCUGAGUAUUGUUUCUUCAUCCUAUGUAAUGUAUUCUUAGUGAAUUUGGUGAUGUUAUUUUUCACCCUGUUCAGAGAAAUUUGUCAUUGAAGUUGUUAGGUUUAUGGCCCAUCCUACAUCCUGAUAUUACCAGGUUCUGACCACUAGAUUGUGCUGUUCCUGCUAUUUGGUGAAAAAAGUUUGAAGGACUUGUUAAAGGGAUAGUUCACCCAAAUAACAAAAUUACAUGGGUUUCCUUACCCCGUAACCAGUUUAUUGACAAAGUAUGACAGCAAGGAAUGCUAAUCAUUAGUGCUGAGCGAUUAACCGAACUAAUUUACUGAUUAUUUGAAUUCCAUUUUGUUCCGUUUAUUUCUGUGAGCACAAUGCGCACAUUGUGCUACAGUUUCUCUAGAGAUAAAUCAGAUCAUGCCCCAACUGUGUGUCGUAAUAGGGAAUUGUAGUUUCCAAAAGGCCAAUGUUCUACUGGUGAUUUGCAGGAUGUGCAAUGAUACAAGUAAAAGGAGGGCUGUGUUUGGUCAAAUUGCCUACUAUGCCAAUUUCUCUGUAUAAAAUGGGCCAUACCUUUAAAACUUCCUCGGCCAGCCUGAGGAAGAUGGCCAGAUGAGUCACACACUCUUAGGGGGACAAUAGGUGAAACACUGGUUUUACACGUGUUGUCACAUUCCUAACCACCCACUCGCGCAUGAGAUGGAGCCACCAAAAUCAAUCUAUUUGGUAGAGGACUUGAUUUUACCCCCUCUUCCUCCAAACAGAGCUGUUUCACCUGUUGAAAGCAUCUCAUCAAAUCAGCCCGGUACGAACUACCAACCAUACACACUGCACUUAAAACGCCACCACUGGCGCACUAAUGCCCUUUAACUGGAGGGUUAGUCUGUGAUUUAAUUGUCAGUUGGCUGUUGGUUGCUGAGUAGUGUCAAUGUGCAGCAAGCGAGUCACCAGUUCCCUGUGAGUCACUAGCUCCCUGACACACAGUGGCCGCAUUCCAGGACAACUUUAUUGCAGUCACGCUCCAUACAGCAACCAAUGGUUGCGUGCCACGUCAUCGACUGCUGCUGGGUGACUCAAGGCCUGUGCUGGUGGAUGGACGGGGUGUGCUGCCUAGGCUGGGACAGCAGAGUUGGAGACGGUAAUCCACCUGCCAAAGGUCUUUGACAGAGCACUACAUCCUCACAUCACUGGCGAGCAGCCAAUGAGGGAAUUGUUGGCAGAGAGACUGUCAUCUGGAAAAGAAACUGCCACAGAGGGCUAUUAGAGUAUGUUCCUUAUGCUUGCUGACAGUCCUGUUAUCCUGUUAAGCUGUUAUGCUGAAGUCAGUGUCUGUCUGGGCUAAAUGCGCAAGGAACACACAGUGGUGGAAACAGAAAACUGUCCCAGUCCAGGUGCUCUGAGGAGUGAAUGGUCAGGGAUGUGUAUGUGGGGAACUGAGUUAAUACAAUCCCCCUUGUUCAUGAAUUAAUGUCCCUCACAUUUGUGCCCACUGAAAUGGCUACAGCUGUCUGUUAAUGCAACUGGUGAACAAUGGGGAUUAUUUUGUCUGUGUAACUGUAGCUCACUCCUGUCUUCCUCUUCACAGUACCAAGUAGGGCAGCUGUACUCUGUGGCUGAGACCAGUAAGAAUGAGACGGGUGGAGGAGAAGGGGUGGAGGUGCUAAAGAAUGAACCCUAUGAGAAGGACGGAGAGAAGGGCCAGUACACCCACAAGAUAUAUCACUUGCACAGGUACGAUUGGUCCAUCUAUCCAUCCAUUUAUCUAUCUACUCACUUACUCCCAUCCACUCACCCAACCACCCACCCACACCACCCAAUGGUACAGUAUACAGUGGGGAAAAAAAGUAUUUAGUCAGCCACCAAUUGUGCAAGUUCUCCCACUUAAAAAGAUGAGAGAGGCCUGUAAUUUUCAUCAUAGGUACACGUCAACUAUGACAGACAAAUUGAGAAAAAAAAAUCCAGAAAAUCACAUUGUAGGAUUUUUAAUGAACAUGUUUCAGUCCGUUUUCUUCCAUUUACUGCCUUAAGAGUAUGACCCUGCUGUGUCUGGGUUUAGAACAGUAAGAGAGUUUAAAGCAUGCUUAUUACUAAUAAUAAGUUGUUACUACAUUAACACUGAUCCAUCACUGCUCUCACCUUGGCAUCCACUUGGGCUUUGUCAGCGAUGUCAAUGUAGACUACUUCAGCCUUCUUCCAUUGCUCUGGGUCUAGUCCGUGCACCUAGAAAAGGUGUAAUGAUCAUGCUGUUUAAUCAGCUUCUUGAUAUGCUACACCUGUCAGGUGGAUGGAUUAUCUUGGCAAAGGAGAAAAAUGCCUGCUAACAGGGAUAUAAACAAAUUUGUGCCAACAAUUUGAGAGAGAUUCGUUUUUUUGUGGGUAUGGAACAUUGCUGGGAUUUUUUAAAUUCAGCUCAUUAAACAUGGGACCAACACUUUACAUUGCGUUUAUAUUUUUGUUCAGUGUAUAUCAAAUUCAACCGUUUAUCUUUUUCAGUGAUGAAGAUAUGGAUCUCUCAUGGUAGGGUGGGUUAUACAAAUAGAGGGAACUUUGAGCACCUCUAUCUCCUGAAUGUUUUGGCAUUUGGGUCCAAAAAGUCACUUUCUCACCACUUCUACCAUGGGCAAUCAAAGGUGUGGAAAGUUUUGUUCAAUUGGGUGCGGUGGGUGUGGUCAAAAAGUGAUUGAAUUCAAAUGGAUCGACCCUAUGAUAAUAACUAUCUUACUUUCUCUCUGUAGUAAAGUGCCAAACUAUGUGCGCAUUCUGGCACCAUCAACUGCUCUUAACAUCCACGAGAAGGCCUGGAAUGCUUACCCCUACUGUCGGACCGGUAAGUCCCCUGCUCUUUGUUACCUACCCCUUCUGUAGAGAGAGAAGAUGUUGAAUAAUUAACUCUGGCAUACAUGCUAGCAGCCAGCACUGUGAGGACAUGCUAUUGGAAUCUAUGUCAUUUAUGGACCAAUAGCCAGACAUUGGGUAUUAAUAGUGUAUAUACACAACUUCUCAGUUCGGUUGGCAGGGAGUUUCAAACGUGCAACUAUUGAGAUAUUAUUUUGAAAACAUCUGUUCCCCUAAACAUUGUUUACUCUCUCUGUCUCCUGAUGUCCAUCUCUUCCCCUAUUGCAGUUAUUACAGUAAGUACUGUUUUCUACUAUACAUUUACAUAUACAGUAUGUUGCUGUUUACUAGCACACUAUUCAGCUGUAAACACGGUGAAAGAGGAGCUGGUAACCUGUCAAAAGGAAAGGAGAGAAGCAGAUGGGGCUGACUUAACACAGAGAAAGACUGACACUCAUUUUGCCAGGGUCUACGUGUGUGUGUGUGUGUGUGUGUGUGUGUGUGUGUGUGUGUGUGUGUGUGUGUGUGUGUGCGCGCACGCAUGUGCACAAGCAUUUCGCUACACCCGCAAUAAUAUCUGCUAAACACGUGUAUGUGACAAAUAAAAUUUGAUUUGAUGUGCCUCUUUCAGCUGUUAUUACCAGUACCACUGCUCUUAGCUGAUGUAUCCCUUAAGUUGUAAUCACGAACAGUCCAUAUAUUACAGUGUCAGUUUUAGACCUAGGUUCAAAUACUAUUCGAAAUCUUUCAAAUACUUUGAACGUUUGAUCUAGCCUACCUAGAUUGUCAGAUGGGUGGCGUUUACAUCUAAGGGACUAUUCUAUUGAUUGAUUAAGCCAGGCAUGCUCAAUCAAGCACAGAUAAAGUAUUUUACAUGAUUUCAAAUAGUGUUUGAACCCAGUAUGUGUUGGUCACUUGAGAUUCAUCUUGUUCAUCUUAUUUAUUGCUCUUCCUUCGUCCCGCAGAAUGAAUACAUGAAGGACAAUUUUCUGAUUAAAAUUGAGACGUGGCACAAGCCCGACAUGGGGGAUCAGGACAAUGUGAGUGAGCAGCUAAUUGAAUGAGUCUGAAUGGAUACCAUGUCAAAUAUGGACCACCAGCACAUCUAAUUCAGUUAGCAGACGUAACUAGUCCUUUAAUUUGACUAUUUCCCCUUUUACUCAAUCCCCCAUCUAUCAGACUCUUCCAUUGACGUCAUUUCAGACACUUAAUUCCACUGACGUCAUUUGUGUCCGUCCACUGACUUUAUGAAAGGAUACAGAAACCCUUCUCAUGUGUGCAUUUUUUGUUCUAAGACCUGCUUUGUUGGAUAUGACACUGAAUCAACAUUUACACAUAAUGUAUCAAAGUGCUAUGUUAUCAGGUUUGGGGUCAAUUCUCUUUCAAUUCAAUUUCCCUGAAUUGAGUGCAUUGAAAUUGGCCCCAACCCUGCAUGUUUUACCUGGUCUAUGUAGUGACUACUAGUGAGGCAUUCUUAGCUCUUGAAGUGGGUAACUUACUAUAAAUGAUUCCCUGCAUAGGUGCACGGACUAGACCCAGAGCAAUGGAAGAAGGCUGAAGUAGUCUACAUUGACAUCGCUGACAAAGCCCAAGUGGAUGCCAAGGUGAGAGCAGUGAUGGAUCAGUGUUAAUGUAGUAACAACUUAUUAUUAGUAAUAAGCAUGCUUUAAACUCUCUUACUGUUCUAAACCCAGACACAGCAGGGUCAUACUCUUAAGGCAGUAAAUGGAAGAAAACGGACUGAAACAUGUCCAAUAGAAAUUCCCUUACCGAGAAAGCAGGCUUCUGGCAAACAGUUGUGGCAAAUCUUUGGCCAAUUUGCCUCAAAUUUGCGGCCAGCUCAUAUUUUCAAAUGAAAUGAGUUUUGUGGCAAACUUUUGCUACAAAUUUGCGGCGACUUGUGAACUUCUGGCAAACAAUUCUGGGAAACUUGUGGUGAACAUUCUACUGUUUGCUGCAAAUUUGCUUCAAACUGAUUAUGAAUAUGCAAAUUAGAUCAGGUUUUUGGUUACUUUGUGUAUUAACAACAUUGAAAUGUUGUAUCUACAUAAACCAAAUCACAUACACAUUCUCACAGAGAGCUAAACAUACUAAAUGUACUACAGUGCCUUCAGAAAGUAUUCACACCCCUUGACUUUUUCCACAUUUUGUUGUUACAUAGUGGGAUUAAAAUUAAUUUAAUUGUCAUUUUUGUCAAUGAUCUACACAAAAUACUCUGUCAGUGGAAGAAAAGUGUAAAAAAAAAAUCAUGAAAAAUAAAACCCUAAUACUGUAUAUCUUGAUUAGAAAAAUAUUGAAUCCCCUAAGUCAAUACAUGUUAGGAUCACCUUUGGCAGCGAUUACAGCUAUGUCUUUCUGGGUAAGUCUCUAAGAGCUUUCCACACCUGGAUUGUGCAACAUUUGCCAAUUUUUAUUAUUUUCGAAAUUCUUCAAGCUCUUUCAAAUUUUGUUGUUGAUCAUCGCUAGACAACCAUUUUGAGGUCUUGCCAUAGAUUUUCAAGCAGAUUUAAGUCAUCCAUCUCCAAAAGUGAAGUUUUGCCUUGAUGUCAAAUCAGCUCAUGUUGUUGCUACUUUAGCUGUUGUGGUAGCUAACAUGCUACUGAACAGUGAAACUAGCAUAUUAUUAUAUAUUAUUAUUAGCAUUUUAUUGGUAUUAGCUAAAAGACCGCAACGUAUUCACCUAAAAAUAUAAGUUCGCUAGCUAGCUAUCACAUAAAUUGUGCAAAAUAUGAUAGCUAUCAUUAUCACUAAGCACUAGCCACUAGCUCGCUAUGCGCUAACCGCUAGCUAGCCAGUUAGUGCUGCUGACAGAUUGAUCUGAUCUAGCUAGCUAGCAACAAAAUGUGUUUCACUGUAUCCCACAAAACAUGACAUUGCUUACCAGGCAUCAAUUAGCUUACACAAUUUUUAAGUUUAUUAGGAAGUUUAAUAAGUUAAGACACUCACCGGACGACUUUGGUAGGUAGCUAGAUAGCUUGGUUUCCAUUUUCCAACAGAUUUUUCUUCUUCCCUCUGACUGGUCGUCAUCAACGGUUACUGGUCUUGGAACUCAAUGUUUACCAGAAAUGGCAACAAUAUUUAUACAGGUUUUCCCUUAAUGUCUAUGGGUUUGCCACAGAUUCAAAUACAAUCUUGAGCUAAUUGUUUGCCAGAAAAAACCUCUGGCAAACUGUUUGCCACUAUUGGCAAUAAAUAUUAUUGUUGCCAAAGGUUUCCCGCUGAUUCAGCACUAGUGGCAAACAUUUGCAAACUUCUGGCAACAUUUUGUGGCAAGUUUGCCACAAUUGUUUUUGUAAGGGUUAACACUUGUCUUCAUUUUCUUUAGCGAAAUGUUCCACUACAUUUUGUUACAGUGUGCACUAAUGAAUAUGACCCAGUUACCUGAACAGAAUUAAAUAGAACACUGAUGUUAUCUUUGCAUCCUACGGAUCUGCUCACUCUGCUCCACACAGGACUAUAAGCCAGAAGAAGAUCCUGCCAUAUUCAAGUCAGAGAAGACCGGCAGGGGCCCCCUGGGGCCUAACUGGAAGGUACUACCCAAACCAAUAUUCCAACGUUGUUGUCAUAUUUUUCAAAUCAGCUAAUUUCACACGUAGCUGUGUCCAGAGUCAAACAGUGUACUUAGAGAGUUGGGCCAGUGCGGUUUUUGUCUGACCGUUCCAAGAGCGCCAAUUUCACCUCCAUAGUCGUUGCUAAGUGAUAAUUGAUGCUUCUGCAUUGUGCUGUUUAUUUCUGAUGGUUUUCCAAACCUAUGAAGAUGUCCAGUGAAAGCAGAUAUGCAAUUUGUUGAGACCACAACACAGUACCAACUUGGAUACACAUUGUCCCAAAUGCUAAUUAGUAAAAACGUCAGUAAAAUUAGCUUUACUGUUCUGCUUGUCGGAGGCGCUAUCUUAUUGUCACAUCACCCAAAUUUCGAGAAUAAAGGCGCCAACAUGGCGUCCGUUCUAAAAUCUGUCCGGAACUUUACUGUAUGGCUCAGGCUGUAUCUAUUAUCGUUCGGAAUCACCAUCAUUAUGUGUGUUGUGAACUAUUCUGCCUCUGCCUGAGGGUGUAAUAACUUUGUCUUUACCUCUGCAGAAAGAGCUUCCCAGCAACACAAACUCUCCUCACAUGUGUGCCUAUAAGUUAGUCACAGUCAACUUCAAAUGGUGGGGAGUCCAGAACAAAAUUGAGAACUUCAUCCAUAAGGUACAGUAAGAGAAAGAGACUUGUCAAUUAUUCCAGUAUUUGCAUAAUAUUCUGUUAUGGUGCCUUCAUAUCACCCACUGUACAUGUAAAAAAUGACUCCGCCCUGAAACCGUGAAGAAGAAACUAGUAGACAGAUUUGGCUGAGGAAUAAGAAAUCCAAAGCUGUGCAGUCUCUCUGGGUGUGACCAGGGGCGGUGUGUUCAUUAGGGCGAUAUGGGCGACGCACUGCCAAACGGGAAAAGCAAGGGAUUUUUUUUCUAAUCAAUUAUAUCACGGCAACAGUAGUUAUCAGUGUUCUAAUCUAGACGUCUGAUCUGCCACUAAAUGUCCAAUCAGGCUAAAGUCAUGCUUCAAAUGGCCCCGCCCGUUUUGGGGCGAUUUCAGUCAGGUUGAAAAUCGCCCAGAAGUCUCUCAUAGCCUCUAAUGUAAAAUCAAUUUUUUUCAAAUAUCAGAGCUUUCAAUACAAUCUCUAUGGGUUUCUGAGGGCUUGCACUUACGCGCUUUCGUCAUACGUAACAUAACCAUGAACGUAACUAAGAAAAGAGCGGGUAGCAGCGUCAAUCAAUUCACGUACUACUAUCAAGAUGGCUAGCGUUCAGUGCAACUCGAUUGUCUCUUUGAAAGAAGUUCACAUCAAAGACCAUUCAAAACGAGCUACUGGAGUGUAUGCUAGCGGUCAUGAGGGAACAUAUUGUGGAGGAGGUGAAGUCGGCGAACUUCGUAGCUAUCCAAGCUGACGAGACCACGGACGUUUCUACACAGACACAGCUGGUGCUGAGGUACAUAGAUAGCAACCACAAAGUGCAGGAGCGCUUUUUUGAGUUCCUUCCCAUCUCGGAAUCAACCUCAGUCUCAAUCGCCAGUGUGCUUUUGGAGAGACUGAACGGUCUUUUUGCCGACGACGAGAAAGUCAAACUCAUUGCGCAAGCUUACGAUGGAGCCAGUGUGAUGAGGCGAGAGAAGGCUGGUGUGCAGCAAAAGGUACGUGAGCAUUUCAAGAAUGCCCAUUACGUGCAUUGCUAUGUGCAUCAGCUGAAUUUUAUCAUGCAGCAAGCUACUUCUCGCAUCAAAAAAGUAACUAGUAAACUAGUCCUCAGCAUGCCUGAUUUCAAUGAGAAAGUCAUUGACCGCUUUGCUGCAUUGAAAGAGAGAAGAGAACAGUUUCAGUACAAGUAAUGUAGCCUCUCUCUCUCUUUGUCCCUCCCUGUCUGUCUCUUUAACACACACACGCCCAAAUCAGUUCACAGUUGAUGUUGUUUAAAAUAGUUAUUUUUCAUUAAAAAAAAAGUAAAACUUUUUUUUUACAAAUCUAUACAAUUGGCCAGAAUAUGGUUGUUCAUAUUUACAAAUCUAUACAAUUGGCCAGAAUAUGGUUGUUCAUUUUUACAAAGCCAUACAGAUAGCUGUGUUUACCUUUUCUAGAAAUUAUUUUCAAAUUCUGUUUUCAGGCAAAAUGUCUAUCACUGUUCAUUUUCACAAAUCUAUACAAGAGGGUAGAAUAUGGAAGUCUAUAAAAAUUUCCUAUUACCAAUAACUUGCAUCAAUGUUUUCAGUAGCCUCUAUCAAAAGCUCCUGCUUGCUUGUUGUGAAUUAUGCUCAGGUGCACAUAUUUCCAAUUCAACCAUGAGGCCUUUUUGAAGCAAGUAAUGUGUAUAUCAGUAUUGACUUAUAUGCUGCCCCUGUCUUCAUGUUGUUGCUGGACAUAUCUUUUUUAAAAUGUGUGUAGGUCACCUAAAUCAUCAGAAAAAUUGCCCCCCCUGAGAAUUUUUUCAGGAGCCGCCACUGGGUGUGACUAAAGGCUAGUUUACAGUAAAGGCAAAAAAUGGUUUUCUGUCCUCUAGUGGACACAGUGAUUUGCCAUAGAAAUGUUACUCCAAUUUGCACAUAAUAAAUGCUGAUAUUACUCAUAUUUGUUCUAUGUAAUUGUUUUGUCUAAUUUCUUCCCCUCUUUGAUUUCCAGCAAGAGAAGCGAUUGUUUACGAAGUUCCACAGACAACUGUUCUGUUUGAUUGAUAAAUGGAUCGGAUUGACAAUGGAGGACAUUCGACGUAUCGAAGAGGAGACCCAAAAAGAGCUGGAUGAGGUAAUGUACUGUACAUUUGUUUGGUCUUUGGCAUCAAUUAACUCCGAAUGAGAUGUGCUGCUGUCUUAUCAGUUUUGUCAUUAGGCUGCGGAAAUUUGCUAAAUGCUUUGUUGUUGUCCUGGAUAUCCUACUUAUUGAUGUGGCUUUGUGUGUGUGUUUGUCUGUCUGGCUCUGUCUGUGUGUGUCUUUCAGAUGCGGGAGAAGGAUCCAGUCAAAGGGAGUUCUGCUUCAGAGGAC